AUGUGGUGUAAGGAAAGUGAUAGUGCGGCGCCGUCCUUGACGACGUCACCGGCACAUAUCCCUGGAUCGCGUGUGUCUGUACGGUUCCAGACAGACAUCUCACCGAACAGUUCAACUUUUCCGUUGCUCCCUUCCUUGGAUCGUUCCUCUCCACUUCGCCAUCGAGUGUUUGGGCUCGGUCAUCCUCGCGGAUGGCGGCGACCGGCGACGGAGAUCAAGCAGGGAUUCAAGCUGAGACCGACGAAGACUGUCGACAAGUCAAAGCCGAUUAUUGUGGCUGAAAUUGACGAUGAGGACUCUAUCGCACCCACAAAGCGAUCCCCAGCACCUCCUGCUCCAUCACUUGUAGUCGAUACGGCGCCACCUGAACACUCCGACCAAAAUCCCCGAGCCUCACCGUCGCCGAGAUCUUCGCCCAGACCUGGACCGAGUACAGCAUCGUCCUUCCCCUUCGGCACCGGAGGAGUGCGCUUACGAAAGACGGUCACCAUCGACAAAAGUGGUCUGAUAGUGGACGAGUCUCUGAAGCAGAAAAGCGUUCAGCUGGUCGAACCGGCGCCGUCAACUGCAUUCAUCCCGCCCAAAAAGGAUCCUCCCAGAAGGGAUUUCCAACGCCCGGAAAUUCCGACAGGAACAGCGGCUGCUCGAAUCGCAAAAUUCAUGCAAAGCACCGGCGGCAGUGAUGCGACGAACGGCGGCACAGUGCCACGAAACUUCCGUCCGUCUCCCGUGCGAUUCCCCAUCACCAAAGAG